AUGCCUCCAUCUCCAUCGCCUUACAACCGAGUAUCAAUGUGUCGAAGUGCGCAAGAUGACGCCAAUAUGGUGUUGGCAUCCAUGGCAACGCAGGCUGUUGGCGGCCAAAACUGCUGUGGCUACAAUGCUGGUGGUGGUGAGUCGAGAGCCACCGUCACUACGAGCCCUUCAGGGCGGUCUGAAGGAUGUUGUCAUCCUAGCGGGAGCACUGUGAAUAUCGAGACGAACAGUGACUGCUCUCAGGGUCAUUCACAUACCUGUGCCAGGCGUGUUGACGACGGGGACGGACGCAACGGUGCAGCAAUGGACGAGCAGCGCAAGCCUAACGCCAUUCCUUCGCACGUCAACGGUAGCUUACCGCAUAUGAGCUCACCACUGAACAAGUCGGUCAAGUCGCGUGAUCAGAAGGAACGUGAAAGUCUCCAUCAUGCCAUCCAGUUGUCAGAGCGAGGCCGUCAGGUGGUAAACUUCGACGGCCCGACCAGCUACUUCCCCGCCGGUUCCAAAAGCUCAAACGCCGACACAAAUGGCGGCAGUGUGCACAACAGACACACCAUUAGGAACGGCGAAAUAGACGUAGAAGACCACUAUGAGCCGCAGACACCGUUGGCCACCAGCCGUGCCCACAGCCCCUACACACAGCACCCCACAAUCGACUUCGAUGGGCUUAGUUGGCCCAGCAAAGGCACAAGAAACAGGAAGGAGGCGACUGAGGAAGAGAAGGCAGAGAACCUCAAGAAGCUGUCUGGUGCCGUGAGGACGAUGCUGGAGUGUCUGGGCGAGGAUCCUGACCGUGAGGGUCUGCUGGACACACCUGAACGCUAUGCAAAGGCUAUGCUGUUCUUCACCAAGGGCUACGAGGAGAACCUGCGCGAUAUUGUCAACGGCGCUGUCUUCCACGAGGACCACGACGAGCUGGUCAUUGUCAAGGACAUUGAGAUCUUCUCACUCUGCGAGCACCACCUGAUGCACAUCGGCUACAUUCCCAAUCGCCGCGUGAUCGGGCUAUCGAAACUUGCCCGCAUCGCCGAAAUGUUCGCCCGCCGCCUUCAAGUCCAAGAACGCCUUACCAAGCAGGUCGCCCUUGCGCUCUCCGAAAUGCUGCAACCCCAGGGUGUUGCUGUGGUCGUCGAGUCCAGCCACUUCUGCAUGGUCAUGCGUGGUGUGCAGAAGACUGGAGCUACCACAACCACAAGCUGUAUGCUGGGCGCUAUGAGGAGCACUGCGAAGACAAGGGAGGAGUUCCUAAACCUCAUCAACAGGAAGUAG